CUGGAUGAGCACUUGGCCUCUCCUGCAGUGAUAGUGGAGCAGAUCCCACACUCCCACCUGCUCUCCUACUCAGGCCUGGCCUGUGAGCAGACACACACAGACAACCACCUACUAACAACAGGUAACAACACAUGCACACACUUACCCUGUUCUCAUGAAGGCAAGGGAAGGGCUGGGGUCGAGCUGCUGGGCUUUCUUGGCAUCAUCAACAGCACCUGCAGUGACAGAAACAGGCACAGAGGACUUAGACAUAGUUUUGUAGUACUUUAGGAGGUCUAUGUUCAGGUAAGAUGUUGGUGGUUAGUUUUAGGGUAAUGGGUCUGGCGUACAGAUAUCGUUUUUUUAGGAGGUGGGUUUAGGCUCCACGGCUUCAUUCAGCUCCUGAGAGAAACUGUCAGUGUAAAACAGCAGGGUAUGCACAUAAGUACUGGUGCUGGGCAAAAAAAAAAAUAGCUGAUGAAGACUUUGUACAGUCAGUACAUUCAGUGUGAUGUAUGGGAAGGUGGUAGAUCUAUGGUAGAUAGUUUAGCUAGCACACUACAAACAGAUAGCUAUGAAGCUAGCUGCUGUGUUUAUAGCACAUGUAUCACUACUGGAAUUAACAACAGAGCAGUUUCAAACCAAAAUAGCUUAGUACAGUGGCUAACUUAACUUGUUUCUAACAAAGCAUAAAUAAAAAAUACCCUAGCUAGCUAUCUCUACUCAUUUUGGUGAGGGGAUUGUAAACUGGCUGUGCACAUGCGUACUAUGGCCUUCGCAUUUGGGCCAAUCAGAGAAGUUCUGAAAUCCAGGAAGUGAAACAAAACACGUCUUCUUGUGGCCGCUGCAGCUUUGGUAAAGUUUCUGUAGCUCUCUGGAGUAAAACAGUUCGUGGAAGUAAUUAUUUAGUAGCGAGGAUCUUAGUCUAUGCAAGUAAGUUUGUGGCAAAUUGGUUUUGUAACAUGUCCACUACUGUAACUUUCUAGCUAGUUAGCUAACCUAGCGUUGAACAACCUAAUUUAGCAACUAACAAGGUUAGCUUCUUUUUUAUUUUAUACUUUUAGAUAGCUCACUGUCAAUCGUUUACCGUGGCCUGUUUCGACAUUCUGACCAUCUCUGUUUAAGCUCGAUUUGCAAGCUCGUGAAUAUACAGUUAGACUUUUGUGGUAGAAAGAAAGAUAGGCUUACUAACAGUGUAGUACAGGGUUUCCCAAACUCUGUGCACGUUUUUGCCAUAACACUACACAGCUGAUUCAUAUAAUCAACUAAUCAUCAAGCUUUGAUCAUUUUGGCCCACAGACAGAGCCAUGAUGUCAUGCUGACGCAUCACCCCGUUUCUCUCGAUAUUGAUCACCCAUCCCCUUGUCUCUCCAUCUCUUCCCUUUAUCCUCACCUAUCCUUCUCCCCCCCCCCCCUCUCUCUCUCCAGUGGAGGGCAGUGAGAGUGGAGAUGAGGAAACCAUGGAAACACUGGUGGCAGCUGAGACUCUCCUCAACAUGGAUUCCCCUGACUCCCUCUCUCUGGACCAACAGCACUACAGUGAGACACACACACACACACACAGCUAGUCUUAGCUAGUAGCUCAGUGAUUAACUUGUCUUGACUCUGUCUUUGCAUAAAGUUCUCAAAUCUCACUGAACGUUGAGCUUGUUGUCUACCAUCACCAUGUUUCUUGUCUAGGGCAAACAAACAUCCAUAUUUCUGCCCUGACUUGGAGCAGAUGUAUACAUCCUGUAAUCUAAUUGACCUAAUCUAAUGGUCUCCUUGUAGACCCAUUCAUUACACUGUAAGCCCUAACAGCGUUUGUUUGUCUCCUCCCCUCUAGCUCAGCUGGGUGAUGUCAUCACUUUGCCCGUUACCCACCAGUUGACGGUGUCAGUAGAGGGCAUUGUGGGAGCUCUGGGCCAGCCCCAGUGGGUCACGCUGCAGAGGGAGACUGUUGCCGAGCAACCGAAGAAGAGAGGUCAGACCGUAAUUUUACUGAUGUCAUUAUCUGGCCAUGUUUUCAAACUAUAAAUUGUAGUCAUAACCACAACCUUAGCUCAUAUGCCUGCUCAUCAGUUCAGACAAUAUUACUUAUUUUGUGCUUUCUCACAUUGCAAUUUCUGGACUACUGUAAUUUACAAUGUCAAGCAUGUCAUUGUAACAGUAAAAUAACAAUGACUCUGUUUUGUGUUUCAGUUAAGAAAUCCAAAAGGCCUGAAUCCCCCACGCCGGACAUCAUAUUCAAGAGGGGAAAAUACAGCAAAGGUACACACACACACAGCAUACACACACAACAGAACACUCAAUCUCACCUCUCCUUCGCCUGUGUUUCAGGUAACACAAUGUAUCUGUGGCAGUUCCUGAUUGAGCUUCUUCAAGACCGACAGGCCUGCCCCCGCUACAUCAAAUGGACCAAUCGGCAUGCAGGGAUCUUUAAGCUGGUCAACUCUAAGGCCGUAGCCCGACUCUGGGGCAAACACAAAAACAAACCAGACAUGAACUAUGAGACCAUGGGCCGAGCACUCAGGUACGCUGUAGUUACCUUACAUAACAAUAAUAAUAACAUAUCUGUGGCCCUGCAGGUGUGUUUGUGUAUCAAAGCUGACCUCUCUCUGACCCUGACAGGUACUACUACCAGCGUGGGAUCCUGAACAAGGUGGAGGGCCAGAGGCUGGUGUACCAGUUUGCUUCCCUGCCCAAGGACAUAGUCUUCAUCAGUGAUGAUGAAGACCAGGAGGACCAAGCCAAUCAUGAGGACAAUGAUGAGGAAGGCGUCCCAGAUGACCCAGAGGAAAGCCCGCCCUCCAGCGACCAAUCCCUGGACGAUUUAGGGUCCUACGAGCAUUCUUUCCCUCCCCCUCCCCCCAUCCUCUAGACCAGGCUACCAGAGGUCCAGACAGACCAGCAGUAGUCCAGCAACAGCCCAGCGGCGCCAACCCAGCCCAAAAUCCAAGUCCCGAUCCCCAGCCCCUUCCCCAGCCCAGUGCAAAACAGUCCUUCGACCACCAGGAGGCAGUCUGAUCCAGCAGCAGCACCUGCCUAUAGUCUCAGCUGAGAUGCUGCGGACCCUGCAGAACGUGCAGUCUCUGCAGCCUGGUCAGCACGGGUCGGUCUUCAGAACCGCUCAGCUGUUGGGGAGUCUGUGUGAGAGACAGGCUGCUAGUGGAGGACAGACCACCAGUCAGUAACUUUGCAGUUACAGCCCCUGACCUACCCUGUCAAGCAGGGGAAGCUAGAGGUUAAGACGGAGGAGGACCCAGACUCAGGACUGACCGCGGACUAG